AUGUCGCUGCUUAACACCUCCAACUCCAGCUCAAACUCCACCCCCUCCUGGAACGCUGACCCUGUGGCCCCCAGCGUGGUCCUGGGACUGUGCUGUCUGGUUGGCGUCCCCAGCAACAUCGCGGUAGUCGUGGUGAUCGCCCGCAGCUUCAAGAGGGAGAACUUCACUCUGAAGAUGAUGCUGAACCUGGCAGUCUCUGACCUCUUGUGCCUCAUCAUACUCCCAGUGUGGAUCUACUCUCUGCUCUAUGGCUGGAGCUUUGGUCCUGCUGUCUGCAAGUUCAUCUCUUAUCUUGUCUAUUGCAGUUUGUACGCCAGUGUGCUGACAGUCACCCUAAUGAGUGUGCAGCGCUACCUGACAGUGCUGUACACCCAGUGCUGGGCCAGACUGCAUGUGACGGGCGAAAGGGUGCUGCUGGUCGCCCUGUGGGGGCUGGCGGGUGUUCUCUCCUGCCCAGCCUUUGCAGUUCGAGACGUGGUGGCAGAAAAUAGACAAUUCCAUUGCCACAGGAAAUACAGGUCAGACACGGAGCAGGUAACCACCUUGCUCCUGGAGACUCUGCUGGGGUUUGUCCUUCCUUUCUCCAUUCUGGUCACCUCUUACUUCUGCCUCCACAAGAAGGUGAACCAAACCGCUUUCUUCAGCAGCCAGAGGAUGACCAAGCUGGUGACCACCAUCGUGGUGACCUUCUUCAUCUUCUGGAUUCCUGUUCAUGUCAUCAACAUCCUGGGUAUUUCUGCAGUCUUCCUGAAAUCCAAAACUCUGGAAAACUUCUGCAAGACCAGUUGGGUCAUUACCUCUGCUCUCUCCAUCAUCAACAGCUGUAUUAACCCCUUCCUGUACGCCUUCGCCUCACGAAGCUUACGCUCCAAUGCACAGCAGACGGAGGAGAAGAAGGCUGCGACUCAGACGAGCAAUGUGUGAAAUUCCUGC